AAAUACCCCUCAAGAUGGCUGCCCCCACAGAUUUGGAGCUGUUGACCUCAACCACUGCAGAGACGACACUGAUUGCAGGAACCUUGGUAGACAUUGGCUGCUGUCCUCGGUGUGUUCUGCGAUAUCUGGGGGAGAAAAGACCAUGGGUGUACAAAACAAAUCAAGAGGACCUGCGGAAACUUGUGUGCCAGCUGUGUGAAGAGGAGGAACUGAGCAGUAGUGGAACUCCUCCCUGUCCCGUGUGUCUGGGCAUCUUAGAGGACUUCUGCUGCACAGACUUCCUACAGAAGAUCAAGCAGUGUGUGGACAAGAAUGGCUUUGAGUUCAUCAACUAUCAGUGCUCACUGUCACUGCCAGUCUCCAACAUACUCAGAGAGCAUGCUCUUUCAUUACACCUUGGGAACAAAUUUGAUUUUGCAUAUCGUGGUUUGGAUGAUGAAGCUAUCCCAUCAGUGAAGGACGUCUGGAAGUGGUUCUCUGGUCCAGAGCUGUCUCGGAUAUUGGGUUCUUCAUUCCAGCUCAAGAGUCAGUUUGAUAUAUCAGUCAGCUUCACUCACGAUGAUGCAGAGAAAGAAUGCAACUUCCUCCUUGAUGUUCAGCCUCAUGUUUUCCGAAGACGCAAAAUGAAAAAGUUUGACUUCGAGACAUUCACAAGAACAAAUGUGGCGAAAGCUGUCCGAGAAAUCAGUGAUGGAAAAUUCCAGGAGUGCUACACAUGUCCCCCUGCCCGGCCAGCCAGCAAGUGUCAUUACCGGCUGGGGUGCUCACAUGAAUCCGUCUUUAUAGCAGGCAGAUACAACAAAUACAGCCGUAAUCUCAGCCAGACGCCAUGGAUUGUUGAUGGUGGCCGCAAGUCCGAGACGUCAGUUCAGGAACUGCUUUGUGGGAUCAUCCUUGACAAGUUCAAGCCAACAGAUCACAAGUUGUCAUCAUCAGGAAGAGAAGAUGUGGAUGUCCGGAUGUUGGGGACAGGUCGACCUUUUGUUGUGGAACUGAUCAACCCACAUGUGGUGAAGUUCACAGCGGAAGACUUAAAGGCAAUUCAAGAGGACACCAAUAGUCUCACCAAGGAUGUGGCAAUAUCGGACCUGCAGAUUGUAUCCAGGGAGGACACAGCAAACUUGAAGGAAGGCGAGAUUGAAAAGUCCAAGUCUUACAGCGCCCUCUGCUGGUCCGAGACAGAGCUACAACAGGAACAACUUGACAAGCUGAAAGAAUUAACGGACUUAAAACUGGAUCAGAACACACCAAUAAGAGUACUUCACAGACGGCCUUUAGCCUGUCGUGAGAGGGUGGUACACACCAUGCAUGCUGUGAAGGUCAACAAGCACCACUUCCGGCUGUAUCUCUCCACACAAGCUGGGACCUAUAUCAAAGAGUUUGUCCAUGGAGACUUCGGCCGAACCACUCCAAAUCUGUCCACUCUACUGGGGGUGGAAUGUGAUAUCCUGGAACUGGAUGUGGAGGCUGUCAAUGUUGAAUGGCCACCUCGACUGUCUUGAUGGCACCAGCUUCACCUGUGAUAUGAAAGACAUUUCUGCAAGUGCUGUGUUUACUGCAUCUAUUGUAUUUGUGUUCACCAGGACACAUGAAAUAAGGAGUGACUCAACUGGGAUUUCCUUAUAACUUCCCCUCAUGAUGUAUGAAUCAACUGUGACAGAACUGUGUGCUUGUAUCCUAUGAACAACAUUCCAUUGUGGUUCAAAUCUCAACACAUUUUGAUAGUUCUUUUUAGUCUGGCAUAUGACUAUUUGUUUAAAUUUUAGGGAAAAUGUCAUGUUUAGUUAUGAAUGCAUAAAUAACAGCAAAUAAGACUGAUGCAAGAAUACUGUAAUUGCAAGGAACAAACUUGGUUGGGAAUUACGAAGAAGUUGUAAUCCUUAAAGGAACACAUCAAGCACCACCUAAAGGCUGGAAGAUUUAAGAUAACAUGUGAUCUUUGUCACAGUGGAGUUCCUUAUUGUCAAACGAUUUCAGUGUUAUGGCUACAACCUAUGACAACUCUGCACAGAAUUAUGGGAAGAAAAAUUCUGAAAAAAUUACAGUACUGUAACCCUCCCUUUGUCAUUGAACUGCAGUUGAUGGCAAUAUUAAUGUGAGCACAUCAAAUGAAAUAUUGUCCUGAAAAGUCAAGUGAUUGAGAACUUGAGGAACCUGGAUGAUAUUGGGAGUAGAGAUAAACACUUGUCAAGUAUUUCAUUUGUUCUUCCCCCACUAAACCAAAGUAGUUGAUCAUAAUCAAAAUCACUCCGCUCCACUAUCGUUAGUAUGUAAGAAGUAAAUGAGUCCAUUUGUUUCAGGACAUGUCACCUGAAGACUGUUUUCUGGAUCUCAGCUGUGAACGAUUUUUUUGUAGGCAAAACAUUUUCAUUUCAGUUUUGAAGCAAUAUCUUCUAGUAAUACCAUGAAGAAGGCUUUUUGAUUACAGGAUCGAAUGAACCCACCACUGUAAAUAUUUAAUCAGCAUUUUAGGCUCCUGUGUUCGGCAAAACUGCUUUUGAUAUGCUUGACUGAAAAUUUAUGUAUCAGUUUCAAAGUAAGAUGUGAUCUACUUUUGAAAUUUCGUGUGUUUCAAGGUGGUGUGUUUUGGACUCAAUAUCAAAUUAUUCACUGAAAUUUUCUUAGACCAUAAUCUCAUCUACCCUGAUUUUGAAGAAAUAUUAGAUUAUUAUUUUUAUCACCAAAAUACACAUCUUUAAACCACAGAAUAUCAUGGACUGGUAAUGCAUGACUGCUGUUUCCAGUCACAUUUGAAUGUAAAUCUUCAAAACUGACUUCAUAUUCAAAAAUUAAAUCAACAACGACA